UCCUGACGCAAGGAUGCCCGUGAACGCUGCUCCGUUGUCGCCGUCGGAUAAAUCACUCAUACGGGAAGGGAAGCACCGGGAAAAGGGAAAGUGCCAGCAGAAGCAGCAGGAGCAGGAGCAACACCAUCGCCACAUCGCAUUGUGCCACAUUUAAAAAUGAAAACAGACGAGGGAAUGAAGUGAAGGCAGAAGCCAAAAGCCGUUUAAUAACUAAAUCCCACGGAGCCAUCGUUGGUCACGUUCUGAGACGGAUACACAAAAUGCCUCUCUCCGCGUAUCCUUCGAACUUGUGUGUUCGUGUGUGUGUGCCUGCGUCUGUAACUGUGACUGUGUCUGUGUGCUUCCCCCUGUCUCAGUGUAAGUGUGCAUACCUAUAGGGCUCUGGCUGGCACCUAAUGUGGCCAACACACACAUACGCACAUUGCCGACUAUACGAAUAUAAUAAUAUAAAGCCCACGUCCUUGUCGCUCGCCUCGCUGUCAUCGUGUGCGUGCGUGUCCAUGUGUCCACUUCCGCCGAACGGAUAUAUUUUCGAAAUCCGCGCUAUUAAGCCACGCACCCAAGUAAGCCAGUAAGCCAGACCAAAAUAAACCUGUGUCUGCGAUUGGGCCACUUUUUUGACCAUUGUUGAACCGAAUUGAUUGGUGAACUGUGACGUUGGUGAAUUGCGGCAUUGUUGAAUGCCAAUCGUUAUUGUGCAACUGUUGAAUGGGCCAUGCCAGCGGGCCCGCCUAAUUAUUGCGCAUUGCGCAACCGAAUGUCAAAGCCAAGAUCGAGUGUAACGCAGUUGUAAAAUCAAAGAGCUCAAGUAUUUUGCCCGUUUGGAUUACGUGGAGGAUGACGCUGGUGUCAUUUGGAAGUCAUUGCCGAGACCCAUUAUUAAACCUUAAACCGUAAACGGAGCAAAUACAACAGCCGGCAGGAGCGGAGGACUCCUCAUCGCCCUCAUCCAAAUAGCUAGCAGCCGAGUGGAGAGCAUAAAACAUGUGGACAACGGACUGCCCGGGAGCGUUGAAAGCGAUUUGCCUGGUGCCGCUGUGGCUGCUCCUCAUCCUCGAUUGCGGCACGGUCGGUGGCGAGGUGCCGCCGCAUUACUGGGAAACCCCGUACUCGCAGCCGUACUUCGACAACUCCUCGAGGCGUGAGGUCACCGCAACCGUGGGCCAGGCGGCCCUGCUGCACUGCCGCGUCCGGAAUCUGGGCGAUCGAGCGGUGUCCUGGAUAAGGAAGCGCGACCUGCACAUCCUGACGGUGGGAAUACUAACGUACACAAACGACCAGCGCUUCCAGUCGCUGCACUCCGAGGGAUCCGACGAGUGGACGCUGCGCAUCUCAUCGCCGCAGCCGCGGGAUUCGGGCACCUACGAGUGCCAGGUGUCCACGGAGCCGAAGAUCAGCCAGGGAUUCCGCCUCAACGUUGUGGUGUCGCGGGCCAAGAUCCUGGGCAACGCGGAGCUCUUCAUCAAGAGCGGCAGCGACAUCAAUCUCACCUGCCUGGCGAUGCAGUCGCCGGUGCCGCCAUCGUUCAUCUACUGGUACAAGGGCAAGCGGGUCAUGAAUUACUCGCAGCGCGGUGGCAUCAACGUCAUCACGGAGCGUUCCACACGGACCAGCAAGCUGCUCAUAGCCAAGGCCACGCCGGCGGAUUCGGGCAACUACACGUGCUCCCCGAGCAGCUCAGAUGCCGCCUCCGUGGUGGUGCACGUCAUCAACGGGGAACAUCCGGCCGCCAUGCAGCACGGCAACAGCAGCGCCAGCUGCCUGCGCCCCCUUUCAGCCACGUCCGUGCCUUUCGUCCUUGCCACCUGGAUGUCGAUGACGGUGGCGUCUGUCGCCUGGAACUCUAACCUCAACGGCAACUGGAAGUGGAGCCCCGACUGGCGCUGGCACUGGAACCCCAAAUGGAAUUGGAGCAACCUGGCCGCCGGUCUAGUGGGCCUCUGGAGCUGGAGCUGAUCCGGAAGGCAGUUGCAUUGGCAGUCGAAGAUCCAAAACGCUGAGCAACGGUCCCGGCCAAGUUGGGACUGAAGCACUCCUCGCCAGGUGCAUUUAAUGAGAGCGGCGGUGGAGCGAAGUCUUACGAACUAGUGUACAUAUACAGUGUGUCCUUCAACGAGUAUUAUCUAUAAGACAUCCCCGAGCAGGCAGGCAGUAUUACGCAAGGAGUUUUAAUCAACCACAGUCAACAGGAAGAGUCCAGGCCACAUGCACUAUUCAUACUCAUAGUCGGGAGAAAUUAAUGAGAAAGUAUAACGUAACAAAAUCGCAGCAGCUGCUGUUCAACCCAAAAAUCAAUGUUUUCAUUGUAUAUCAUUUGAAAUUCAUUUCGCUUUCGCACACAGGGCUAUAAUCACCGCAAAACCGGCCAAAAGUCAGCAAUUAUAGAGAACCUUUCGGUUUACAGUAUCAUUUGGGCUUAUUGAAGCAGAAAUGUCCGAUUGUAUAUAUACAAUACACAAACAUAAAUAAUUUAGGCCCUCGAUUGUUUAUUUAUUCAUACCGAAAUCAAACACCCUGCACGUUGGGAACUGAAGUGAAUGAAGUGAAUAGAUGGGGAGGCUAGCCCCCUCUAUAUUUAUAUAUACAUAUAUAUAUAUAUAGAUGGUUAUUCAGUGUAUAUGGAUAAGUUUUUAUCUGGUUGUCAGCCGCAAAAUUGUUCUACGUAGUCCAUCAUCUAGUUACUGUGUAAAAUAUUCAUAAUUGAUAAUUGUACAUUUAGAGGUCGGUUUUAAGCGGUCUUGAUAAGACUUUUAAGCAGUAAGUGCGAACGGAUCGAUUCGAUCGCGGUUCAACCCGAAACCAAAUAGCGAAAAAAAGGAAAAACUUACAGAAAUUAUUAAAACUAACGAAAAAUGAUAAAAUGGUAAUGAAGCUAACCUAAGCAGAGUCAAGUAUGUUUUUCUGUUUAAACAAUGCAAAAAUAAACGAACAA